GUUUAUCAUAGCAACUAGAGGCGCUUAACAAUCAACAGAAGAUUCUUUAAAUCUAAGAGAAAUCUUUAACAGAAAUACGUGAUACUUCGACCAUGUCGGAAUCAGAAGUUGCCAUAGAUCCGGCCGCAGAACCAACUGAAACUCUGCCAACUGAAGGAACAGAAGAAAAAGUGGAGGAAGAAAGAAAGUCUGUUGAACCUCCCAGCUCUGAGAGAAACUCUGCUGCGGCUAGAAGUCAAAAGAGCUUAUCAAGAAAAUCUAGUUCUAUUAGAAAUGAAACACCUUUAACAUCGACCGAACAAGAUUUUAUUAAUGCCAAGAGCUUCUUGUUAUCAACGAGCACGUCCUCUGGAGACAAUUUGUAUGAUCAUCUCGUGAGAGUAUUAACAAGAAUAUUUGACGAAAGACCGCAAAAUGCAGUAGACAUUUUUGAAUCUUUAUCACACGAUGAAAAAAAGAAAAAAUUCCAAGGAGAAUUUUCCACUGUACACAACAAAUAUGAAAAAACAACAGAAGUUUCCCUUGCAGAAAUUCAAGAGAAACUCUUUGCAAGAGGCGACGCAGAUGACGAGGACAUUGUUCCAGAAGAUGAUGUUGACAGUCCUCUACCUAAUCUUAUGGAACUUGCUUAUUUCUUUGAGCAAGGAGGAAUUGGAUUGUCAAGGGAAGAGAUGAUUCGCAUAUGGUUAGCUAUGAAAGAUCUUGUAGACACUCAUCCAUUGGAGCAUGUUAGAUUUUGGGGAAAAGUUUUCGGUGUGGAGCAAAACUAUAUUAUUGCAGAAGCGGAAUACAGAGAAACUGAGGAGCCAGAAGAAGAAGAGGAAGCUGAGGAAGACGAGAAAGAUGAACUAGCCGAAAAAGAUGAAGAUGGCGAGGAAGAAGAAGUGGAAGAAGAUGACACUCCCAAGCCUGAUUACAAACCUCCUUUGGAUCCUCCCAAAGAAGAAAACCGCACAGGCUGUAAUAAGAAAACCUACUUUGUUUGCAAUGAUCCAGGAAAGCCAUGGAUUAAAUUACCAUCUGUAACUCCAAUGCAAAUUCAAAUCAGUAGACAAAUUAAGAAAUUUUUCACUGGCCGUCUGGAUGCUCCUGUUAUUUCUUUUCCACCAUUUCCUGGUAACGAAUCGAAUUAUCUUAGAGCCCAAAUUGCGAGAAUUUCUGCCGGCACCCAUAUUUCUCCUUUAAAUUUUUAUACCUUUGAUGAAGAGGAGGAAACAGAAAGUGAUGACGGAGGCAGAGAUAACUUCAUGAAAAACGAAGAAUUUGAAGGAGUUCCCGUUAGAGAACUGAUUGAUCCCACGUUAGCCAAUUGGGUUCAUCAUGUUCAACAUAUAUUGCCACAAGGUAGAACGAAGUGGUGGAAUCCUAACCAAAAGGGAGAUGAUUCAUUUGAGGAUGAAGACGAAGAAGAAGAACGAGAGGAGCCAGAUGAGCCUCAGCCUGAAGUUGGGCUUCCCCUGCUCACGCCAUUGUCUGAAGACAUUGACGUUGACGGAGUUCCUCCAUGGACAGCCAAACUGUCUUCAACUUUGGUUCCCCAGCACGCUGUUGCUAUUAUGAGAUCAAAUCUUUGGCCUGGAGCUUAUGCAUUCGCAUCAGAUCGUAAAUUCGAGAAUGUUUAUAUUGGUCUUGGACAUAAAUAUUCAGCAGAGAAUUAUAGCCCACCACCUCCUCCAGUAAUUCAGGACGAAUUCCCUCCAGGAGAAGCCAUAACGGAGAAAGAUGAUCCAACACCUGAGGAAGAGGCCGCAUUAAGAAACGCUCAGGAGGAAGAGGCUGAAGAAGAAGAAGCUAUUGAAGAAGGCGAAGAAGAAGAUGAAGACGAUUAAAUAAAACAUUAUACUUAUAAAUAAAUAUAUUUGAUAUGUAAAUGUAAACAUAGUUAUUUAUAAGGAAUAUAAAGCAAUAUUUGUGAUGUGUUACAGGACCAACUUUAAAUACAAGUAAAGAUUAUUAUUUUUGACAAAA